UAAUUGAGGCCGUAUGUUAUUCCACAUCGCCGGCGAGGAAUUGAUUCGCCAGGCAGCUAGGUAGCGCUGAAUGUAAGGUGGAGCGAUGUCUGCGUCGCAAACCCUAGGUGGUGCGUCCCGGUGUGGGUGGGUGCUUGGUCCUUCAUUGGACAAGAUCAUCAAGAAUGUGGCAUGGAGGAAACAUUCUCAACUCGUAUCUACCUGUAAAUCUGUCCUAGACAAGCUCGACUCUCUGUCCGAUGAUCCCUCCGAUCCCACCUCAUGCUCCCCGCUCUACGGCCUAUCUUCUUCCGAUGCUGAUUUUCUGCUUCAGCCUCUCAUCAUGGCCCUUGAGUCGGCCUACCCCAAGGUUCUCGAGCCUGCUCUCGAUUGCGCCUUCCGACUUUUUUCCUUCGGUCUCAUCCGUGGCUGCGAAAUCAAUGAUAAUAAUAAUAAUAAUAAUAAUAAUUCCUCGAUUAUUUUCCGUCUCAUUGACUCCGUCUGCAAAUGUGCUUCCCUAGAUGAUGAGUCCAUUGAGCUUGCCGUGCUCAAGGUCCUGCUAUCUGCUGUCCGAUCCCCGUGCAUCUAUAUCCGCGGUGAUUGCCUUGUAUAUGUCGUUAGGUCCUGCUACAAUGUGUACCUAGGUGGUCAUAGUGGCACCAACCAGAUCUGUGCCAAGGCUGUUCUUGCUCAGAUGAUGAUUAUUGUUUUCACCAGGGUCGAACAUAACUCAAUGCUAGUUGAUUUCAAGACUGUCUCUGUAUUCGAAUUGCUGGAGUUUGCUGAUAGGAAUCUUAACGAAGGAAGUUCUAUACAGUUUGCCCAGAACUUCAUCAGUGAAAUUGUCGAGGCCAAGGAUAACCCUCCUAAUGUAAAGUUGUCCUUGGAUCUGCAAGAAAAAGCCGGUGGUGGUGAAGAGUAUGGUAAAUCUGCUGAGGAGGCUGCCGCCGAACUGGACGGGUACAGUAAGAUUAGAGAGGAUGGUUUUAUGCUCUACAAGAAUUUAUGCAAAUUAUCUAUGAAAUUUUCGUCACAGGAGAAUCCCGAUGAUCAGAUCCUUUUGAGAGGAAAAAUUCUCUCUCUAGAGCUUUUGAACGUCAUCACUGGCAAUGCAGGUCCAAUCUGGUGUACCAAUGAGAGGCAAGUGCUAACUUGUACAAAGUUUCUUAUUCUCUAGAUACCUGCUAUUGAAUAUUUAAUUAAGAGCAUGAUGUUUUGUAGAGAUAGCUAAUAUGUUCUUUUCUUAACAGGUUUCUUAUGCGGUCAGCAAUAUCUAUGCAUGUCACUGUUGAAGAACAGUGCACUGUCUGUUAUGACUGUUUUUCAACUUCUUUGUUCAAUAUUUUGGAACCUACUAUCGAAAUUUAGGUCUGGGUUGAAAUCAGAGAUUGGAGUUUUUUUUCCCAUGCUGAUUCUUCGUGUACUGGAGAAUGUCCUUCAACCUAGUUUCCUACAGAAGAUGACUGUUUUGAGUUUACUGGAUAAAAUCUCUCAGGAUUCACAGGUUAUUGUUGAUGCUUUUGUCAACUAUGACUGUGAUGUGGACGCUCCAAACAUAUUUGAAAGGACUGUCAAUGGGCUUCUGAAAACUGCUCUAGGUCCACCACCUGGCUCAGUUACUUCUUUGUCUCCUGGCCAAGAUAUGACGUUUCGUCACGAAUCAGUAAAAUGCCUGGUUAGAAUUAUCAAGUCAAUGGGAUCAUGGAUGGACCAGCAGCUGAAAGUUGGAGAACUUAACCCACCAAAAUCUUUUGAUAGUGAAAAUUUGACUGAGAAUCACACUUACCUCGAAGAUGCAAACAGUGCUGAUUAUGAGCUGCACCCAGAAUCAAAUUCUGAAUUUAGCAAUGCUGCAACAUUGGAGCAGCGUAGAGCUUAUAAGAUAGAAAUUCAGAAAGGUGUUGCACUGUUCAAUAGAAAACCUUCGAAGGGGAUCGAGUUCUUAAUAAGCACCAAAAAAAUUGGCAGCUCUCCUGAAGAAGUGGCUUCUUUUCUCAAAAGUGCUUCUGGCCUGAAUGAAAGUAUGAUUGGCGAUUAUUUUGGUGAAAGAGAGGAGUUUUCUAUAAAAGUUAUGCAUGCAUAUGUAGAUUCCUUCAACUUUGAAAACAUGGGCUUUGGUGAUGCAAUCAGAUUCUUUCUAAGAGGAUUUAGGUUACCUGGAGAAGCACAAAAGAUUGACCGCAUCAUGGAAAAAUUUGCUGAACGCUAUUGUAAAUGCAAUCCGAACUCAUUCACAAGUGCAGAUACGGCCUACGUGCUUGCUUACUCGGUCAUAAUGCUCAAUACUGAUGCCCAUAAUAGUAUGGUAAAGGAUAAGAUGACCAAAGCUGAUUUCAUCCGGAAUAACCGAGGGAUUGAUGAUGGCAAAGAUCUACCUGAAGAUUAUUUGGGGGCGCUGUACGAUCAAAUCGUGAAAAAUGAGAUUAAGAUGAAAGCUGAGUCUUCUGUUCCCCAAAGCAAACAAGGAAACAGCCUGAAUAAGCUGCUGGGCUUGGAUGGCAUUCUCAAUCUGGUAUGGAAGCAGACAGAAGAAAAACCAUUGAGUGCAAACAGAAAUUUACUAAAGCAUAUCCAAGAGCAGUUUAAAGCAAAAUCUUCCAAAUCAGAGAUUGUUUACUAUGCUGUACUAGAUCCUACAAUAUUGAGGUUCAUGGUUGAAGUUUGCUGGGGCCCAAUGCUUGCUGCAUUUAGUGUUACUCUGGACCAGAGUGAUGACAAGGAAGCUACUUCUCAGUGUUUGCAGGGAAUUCGACAUGCUGUGCAUGUUACUUCUAUGAUGGGUAUGCAGACCCAGAGAGAUGCUUUCGUUACCACUGUGGCUAAGUUUACCUACCUCCAUUGUGCUGCAGAUAUGAAGCAGAAAAAUGUAGAUGCUGUCAAGGCUAUCAUAUCAAUUGCUAUCGAAGAUGGAAAUAACCUCCAGGAAGCAUGGGAACAUAUUUUGACAUGCUUAUCCCGAUUUGAGCAUCUGCAGCUCUUGGGAGAGGGAGCACCUUCUGAUGCAUCCUUUCUUAAUACAAGUAAUUCUGAAUCUGAAGAGAGAACAAAAAAUAAUGCGAAUUAUCCGUCGUUGAAGAAGAAAGGAACACUCCAGAAUCCAGCUGUAAUGGCAGUUGUUCGAGGUGGCUCUUAUGAUAGCACCUCUGCCGGAGUAAAAUCCCCCGGUCUUGUUUCUUCAGAGCAGAUCAAUAACUUCAUUUCAAACUUGUAUUUGCUUGAUCAAAUAGGAAAUUUUGAAUUAAACCACAUUUUUGCUCAUAGCCAGAGGUUAAACAGUGAGGCUAUAGUAGCUUUUGUAAAGGCCCUCUGCAAAGUCUCAAUGUCGGAACUGCAGUCUCCAACCGAUCCACGUGUGUUUAGCCUCACCAAAAUCGUGGAAGUUGCGCACUACAACAUGAAUCGCAUAAGGCUUGUAUGGUCUCGGAUAUGGAGUGUCCUGUCAGAUUUUUUUGUGGCAGUUGGUCUGUCAGAAAAUCUCUCUGUUGCAAUCUUUGUUAUGGAUUCGCUGCGGCAGCUCGCUUCGAAAUUCCUGGAGCGAGAAGAACUGGCAAACUAUAACUUCCAAAAUGAAUUUUUGAGACCAUUUGCCGUUGUGAUGCAAAAAAGUUGUUCGACAGAGAUCAAAGAGUUAAUAGUUCGAUGUAUCUCGCAAAUGGUCCUCAGCCGGGUCAAUAACAUAAAAUCUGGAUGGAAAAGUGUUUUCAUGGUGUUCACAGCAGCUGCAGCUGAUGAAAGGAAGAGCAUAGUUUUAUUGGCUUUUGAAACAAUGGAAAAAAUAGUGAGAGAAUAUUUUCCCUACAUAACUGAGACAGAAGCGUUGACUUUUACUGAUUGUGUUAAAUGCCUCAUCACAUUCACAAAUAGUAGAUUCAACAGUGAUGUCAGCCUCAAUGCUAUUGCUUUUCUCCGGUUCUGUGCUGUCAAACUUGCAGAUGGUGGACUUGCUUCCAAUGAUAAAAGUAAGGGGGAUGAUUCAUGCGUUCCAAUAGUGAAGGACAGUGCUUUGGAUGGUGAAACAUGUGUAGAAAAGGAUGACAAUAUGUCUUUCUGGGUUCCUUUACUCUCAGGGUUAUCUAAAUUGACAUCAGAUCCUAGAGCAGCCAUCAGAAAAAGUGCUUUGGAAGUUCUCUUUAAUAUUUUGAAGGACCACGGUCACCUUUUCACCCAGUCAUUUUGGGCAAAUAUUUUCAAAUGUGAGAUCUUUCCAAUAUUCGGUUUCCCGUUGGAUAGUAAAGAGGCUUAUAAGGAGGAGGGUUGCUUUUCCCCAGUUUCUGGACCCUUACAUCCUGAUGGUGGGAGUAUAUGGGACUCUGAGUCGUCUGUAGUGGCAGCGGAGUGUCUCAUCGAUUUGUUUGUCCAGUUCUUUGAUUUGGUGAGGGCCCAACUGCAUCAAGUGGUAUCCAUAUUGGUGGGUUUCAUAAGAAGUCAAGGUCAAGGUCCCUCGAGUGCAGGGGUGGCUGCUUUGAUGCGUUUGGCUGCUGAUUUGAGAGGUAAACUUUCAGAAGAUGAUUGGCGAGAUAUCUUUCUAUGUUUGAGAGAAGCUGCUGGAUCCAGUUUGCCUGGUUUUGUAAAGCUUUUGAAAACCAUGGACACCAUUGAGAUACCUGAUGUUACUCGUCCCAAUGAUGAAAUAGAAUCCUCUUCUGGCCGUGGAGUAAUUAAAGAUGGUUCUGAGGAUGACAACCUGCAAACUGCCGCUUAUAUUAUUUCAAGGAUGAAAGUACAUAUAGCUCUUCAGCUACUUAUUAUACAGGUGGUGAGUGAUCUUUACAAGAUGCAUUGGAAGUUCUUAUCUGUAAACAUUGUCGGUAUCCUUGUUGAAAUAUAUUCAUCAAUUUCAUCUCACUCCCAUGAAUUGAACUCUCAAACAACAUUACUGGUUAAGUUGGAUAAAAUAUGCACUAUCCUGGAGAUUUCUGAUCCACCCCUGGUUCACUUUGAAAAUGAGGCUUACAACAACUACUUGAACUUUCUGCACGAUUUACUCAUGAACAGUCCAUCUUUGCCGGAGGAGAAGAAUGUUGAAGCGGAGCUUGUGUCUGUAUGUAAGAUAGUGUUGCAGAGAUACCUUGAAUGUAGUGGAUUUGGAUGCAUAAAAAAGGCUGAGGUACACUGUUUUCUGCCAUUAGGCUCAGCCAAGAAGGAGGAGUUGGCAGCACGCACGCCUUUAGUUCUAACAGUGAUGAGGAUCUUAUCUAGUCUAGAAACUGAUUGUUUUACAAAGUAUGUGUCGCAGUUAUUUCCUUUGUUGACAGAUCUUGUUCGAAGUGAGCAUUGUUCACUUGAAGUGCAGCGACUUCUAAGCAGCGUAUUUCGGUCAUGUAUAGGUCCAAUAGUAAUGAAGUGACGUUUUGUUCAAUAUACAGUAAAUAACUUUGAGUUUUAACCAAACCCUCAUUUUUGCAUCAUACGAUACAAGGUACACUGGAUCUAAAGGCAAAAUGUUUUUUAUUUUAUUUAA